CCCAAUUUUCAUCUUUUUCUUCUUGCAAUAUAAUAUGGCAGACUUUAUUUGUUUAGCAAUGGCGUCUCAAUAUGCCGAUACUAAUACAGAUACAGUAUCCCAACCCAGUAAUUCAAAUACAAACUCUUUUAGAAGAUCGCUAGGAACAUCUGCUUUGUUUGGUCGAAGAUCUUCUCGAUCAAAUGUUACUACCAGCUCUACCAUAACAACUAGACCCACAAGUGAUUCCUCUAUAAUUAAUCAUAGUGAUGAACAUCAAAGUUCGAUACAUAUUCGCAUUGUGCCAAGUAUUGAAAAUCCUAGCAGAAGCUUGGUAUUCAGUAUUAUCGAGCGUGACUUGGAAGUAGGGCGAGUCAUCAAAAUAGGAAGAUUUACAGAUAGGUCAUCUAUUCAAAAUCACAUAUCAUUCAAAAGCAAGGUUGUUUCAAGAUCACAUUGUGAAAUCUGGUUAAACAAUGAAGGAAAGGUACAAUUAAAAGAUACAAGAUCUUCGUCCGGUACUUUUGUAAACCAUGUCCGAUUAAGCCCUGCAAAUACAGAAAGUAGGCCUGUUGAAAUAAGAGAUGGUGAUUUGGUACAACUUGGUGUAGAUUAUCAAGGCGGGUUUGAAGAAAUCUAUCGAUCUGUAAAAAUGAGGUUUGAAGUCAAUAGACCUGAGCAACAAAGAAGACCCGCCUCUUACAGCAUGGCAGCUUUUAACAAUAUUCGCAAUUUAACCAGUGUAUUGCCUUCUCAAACAACAACCGAUCAACAGCAGGUGAUAACUACAUCACCUUCUUCAUCAUCGCCAUUGUGUCACAACAACGAAAACAAUCAAAACAACAACAUAGAAGUGGAAGAAUGUUGCAUUUGUCUAUAUGCUCUAGCCCCAUUUCAAGCCUUAUUUGUUGCCCCAUGCUCACAUUCGUAUCAUUUCAAAUGUAUCAGACCACUCUUUGACAGUUAUCCGGGUUUUCAGUGUCCUAUAUGUCGUACAUACUCCGAUUUGGAUGCAAGCGUUGCUAUCGAAGCUGAAGAGGUGAUUGAGAAGUUUGGUCUUCGGAAAUCAUCUAUUGUUCCCGCUCAUAAAGAAUUGGAACCGACUGAAACAAAAGAUAGCUAUCAUCAACAAGAACAAGAUAAUGGAGAACUAGUUUCAUCUUCUAGUUCCGUUCAACCAACAAACGUAAUUUUAUUAAGCUCCAUCAUACCCCCAGCACCUGAGCUGCCAUUAUCUACAACACUGGUAGCUUGUACUACCAGUUUAUCUGGAAUCAUUUCUUCUCCUACAUCAUCAUCUCAUCAUGGAUUGGUAGACCGUAACAACAACGAGCCAGUGUCACGAGGCUUUUCAAAUAAUAAUGCAGGGGAUCAUCGGGCAACCAUUAUAUUUGAAGAUGAUAAUGUGAUAAUGGGUGGCAAUCAUCAUUCACAACACGUUAUUAAUAAUGCAGCAUCCAGCAGAAAUAGUAACAAUUUAGUUGAAAAGAUAAAAAUGGCAUUCUCAAAUGAAAAACGAAAGUCCUCAAAAAGACGAACUCAUAGCAAUAGUGAUACCAGUAGUGAUGAGGAUUUGCCAGAAACAUUUUUCGAUUUGCCUUGUUCCUCUUCUCCGCCAUCCAGCCCUAGAAAUCAAUUACAACCCAUUUUAUCUCGACAAUCCACACAACAUAACAAUUCCCUGGCUGAGAUUGUUGAAGAAUCCUCGAACUCUGGGCACUAAAAAAAAAUUAUCCUUAUACCACCAGUAUACAUAUAUGUUCUUGCAAUAUUUAUACAUAUAUGCGCACUCCUUAUUACUUAACCAUGUAACAUACUACUAUUACUAACUAUCAUAUUUUAUCAUUUUAUAUUCAAAACAAAAUAAAAAAGUAAUGAAAACUUUUCCGUUGCUUCA